ACUUCAGUUCAGUUGUUUUUGUUGACGUAUGCAGCACGCAGGGAAAUGCUUUGCUCUGAUCCGAUCCAACGGUAUUAAGGCUGAAAAUCGAACAAUAAAAUAUGGCAGCAAGCGUUGUUAAGACUCCGAAAUGUGCCAGGCGGGGAUCGACCAAGGAGCAGCAGUCCAAGGCCUCAAAGUCAACAAAAGACUCAAGCAAUUGGCACUGGUGGCUACUGUUGGCCUCCGUCUUCCUAAUUACCUUUGCCACACGCUUCUACAAGGUCACCGAACCGGAUCACAUCUGCUGGGAUGAGACGCACUUUGGCAAGAUGGGCAGUUGGUACAUCAAUCGAACAUUCUUCUUCGAUGUCCAUCCACCGCUGGGCAAGAUGCUGAUCGGACUGUCCGGCUACCUGACUGGCUACAAUGGCACAUUUCCGUUUGAGAAGCCCGGCGAUAAGUACAACGAGACAGCCUAUCAGGGCAUGCGUUAUUUCUGCACAACGCUGGGCGCUCUGAUCAUGCCCAUGGGCUUUGAUACUGUCUACGAUCUGACGCGCUCCCAUGAGGCGGCGCUGCUGUCGGCAGCAUAUCUGAUAUUUGAUGUUGGCCUGCUCACGCUGAAUCAAUACAUUCUGCUGGACCCCAUUCUGCUGUUCUUCAUGAUGGGCUCCGUCUGGGGCAUGGUGAAGAUCUCGAAGGCCACCGCCGCGGGCGGCUCCUACAGCAGGCGCUGGUGGUUCUGGCUCUUCCUCACCGGCACCAUGCUCUCGUGCACCAUCAGCGUGAAGUUUGUGGGCCUGUUCGUGGUGCUGCUGGUGGGUCUGCACACGGCCACCGAGCUGUGGAUCAUCCUGGGCGACCUGGGCCAGCCGAUUGUGGAGACCCUCAAGCAGAUCGCCUGCCGUGCGCUCAGCCUCAUCCUCUGGCCCAUACUCCUCUACACGCUCUUCUUUUACAUCCAUCUGAGCGUGCUCAAUCGCAGUGGCAAUGGCGAUGGCUUCUACAGCUCCGCCUUCCAGUCGCGCCUCAUUGGCAACUCGCUGUACAAUGCCAGCAUGCCGCGCGACGUGGCCUACGGCUCCGUGGUGACCAUCAAGAACCACAAGACGGGCGGCGGCUAUCUGCACUCGCACUUCCACUUGUAUCCGAAGGGAGCGGGUGCCCGGCAGCAGCAGAUCACCACCUACACGCACAAGGACGACAACAACAAGUGGCUGAUCAAGCCGCACAACAAGCAGCGUCUGGCCAAGGACAAGCUGCAGCUGCUGCGGCACGGCGAUCUCGUGCGGCUGGAGCACUUGGUGACCAAGCGGAAUCUGCACUCGCACAGCGAACCGGCGCCCAUGACCAAGAAGCAUCUGCAGGUCACCGGCUAUGGCGAGGCGGGUGUGGGCGAUGCCAACGAUGUGUGGCGCGUGCUGGUGGUGGGCGGCAAGGUCAACGAGACGGUGCACACGGUCACCUCGCGCCUGAUGCUGGUCCACUAUCUGCAGAACUGUGCCCUCACCUCCAGCGGCAAGCAGCUGCCCAAGUGGGGCUUUGAGCAGCAGGAGGUGUCCUGCAACCUGAAUGUGCGCGACAAGAACGCACACUGGAAUGUCGAGGACAAUGAGCACAAGUUGUUGCCCAGUGUCAGCUUCAGUGUCUAUGCGCCUGGAUUCUUUGCCCGCUUCCUCGAGUCCCAUGCCGUCAUGCUGCAGGGCAACGCCGGCCUCAAGCCCAAGGACGGGGAGGUGACCAGCAGACCCUGGCAGUGGCCCAUCAAUUAUCGCGGCCAGUUCUUUUCGGGCAGCAGCUAUCGCAUUUAUUUGCUGGGCAAUCCCAUCAUUUGGUGGAGCAAUCUCGUCUUUCUGGCCCUCUUCGUGGCCAUCUUUCUGGGCAAUGCCGUGCUGCAGCAGCGACGCGCUGGCCAGUGCCGCGCAGACAGGAGCGAGGACAGCGCCAACUCCAGCACGGAUGUGUGCAGCUGCUGCCCCGAGGAGGAGCCAUUGGAGGUGCAGCAGCAGCAGCGGCAGCAGCAUCACAGCGAUCCACUUCGUGCCGCUGCCUGGCUAUUCAUUGGCUGGCUGCUGCACUAUCUGCCCUUCUGGGCCAUGGGACGAGUGCUUUACUUUCAUCAUUACUUUCCAGCGCUCAUCUUCAACUCACUGCUGACGGGUGUAAUGUUCAACUACAUGAUACAGUCGCUGCCCCGCUGGUUGCAGCACAUACUGCUGGGUGGCCUGUUGUCGCUGAUUGUCUACAGCUUUGCGCUCUUCUCGCCGCUGGCCUAUGGCAUGAGCGGGCCGCUGGCCAAUGAGCCCAACAGCACGAUGCACAGCCUCAAGUGGCUCUCCACGUGGGAGUUCUAGGCCCAAACGCACAACUCACUUAAAGCCAAUUUAUUUACGUUUAGC